AGCGAUCCGCAAAAUUCACUUCCGCGUUUGCGCGAUGACGUUGCAGUCUAACGUAAUGACGUCGAAAUUCCGCGACCCAGGCUGUAGUUCAGUGAGCGCUAAUAACAGAGGGGUAUGUGGAUUACAUUACGACUGGGACAUGACUCGUAAAGUUUAUUCACGUUAGUUAGUCGACUGUAUUUUGUUUUUGUUUAAAGUUUAUUUUCGUGACCGACGAGCUUUAACGAGCUUUAAGAGAGCGCGCGCACGCAGAAGAUGAAGGAUGAGUGCACGUGACGGCGGAAGCAGCAGCAGUAGUGAGGAUGAAAGCACGCACAGGAUUAAAGAGGCGGUGUGGAGUUUUGGAGCUGAAACACACAAGAUGCAUGAAGAUGGAGGGAAACACACACACAGUAAGAGACUGAAAGUGUCUGAGCACGAACACGACGGCAACGAGCUGAAAACCACACCAGAGUUCCGCUCUCACGUCGCCAAGAAGCUCGGAGCCAUGCUGGACAGUGUGAUCUGUGAGGUGUUCAGAGAGACCCCUGACUGUAAACCUGCGCUGUGUGACAACACACAGGAUGACGCUGAUGAUGGUUUCCGACUUUUCUCCACAUCACUUCCUGGUAACUGGAGGGAGGAGCCAAAGCAAGCCCCGCCUCCUAAACGCAGACCUGCACCCAGCUCCAGUGACAGUGACAGUGAGAUGGAGUCGAGGCUGAGGGAAGCGGCCGUGUCCGUAUCAGAUCUGCUUCCUUCCUCCUGCACAGAGAGACGACUGGAGGACGAGAGGACGGAUGCCGGAGCGAGGGAUGAGGAGAGCGCCGAACCGAAGAAGAAGAAGAAAAAGAAAAGGAAAGCUGUGACAGAGAGAGAGGAAGACGAGUCGUUAGCGCAGGGAGACAGACGUGUCGGUCAGGAACAGAGCGGAGAGAACAACACGCUGAAGAAGAAGAAGAAGAAAAUGAAUGAGGGAGUGAAAGAGAGAGAAUGAAAGAGAGACUGGUUAUUUAUCUGUUUCAGGUUGUGUUUAAUAUCAGGAGCGGUUCUUUAUUCAGUUCACUGCAGUUUCUUCUUGUUUUGUUUUUUGAAAUAAAUCUUUUUUUUUUGUUAUAAAAGAGAAAACUGCACUGAUUCCAGAUUAAAGUCUUUCAUAAGUUUUAUUUCCUGAAACCUCCGCGUAUGGCGAUUUAUCCGUAUGUAAUGUCAGCGUUGUUGAAGUCUCACAAGCCUCGGACUUCUCGGGAAUCUGAUUCGCGUCGUCACUAACUGUAGCCGAGGACCCGCCUACUUUCACAUAAAGAGAGGCAGCUGGACCAACCACAGAACUUUUCUCAUAGCCAAUCAGCAAACACACAGAUUAACCUCUGGUUAAUAACGAGUAACGUUUAACGAUGGGGUUCUGAGGACGUCUUCCAGCUCACUGUGUCUCAGUCUUUCAGAGGUUUGUUUCCCGCUGAAAACCAGACAGCCAAUCAGAUUGCAGCCUUCAGGAAUCUGGAGCUCGUGGCCAGAAAGGUGUACAGUAGAUAUCUUUCUCUCCUUCUGUCUUAUUCUGUAAAUCUUCUGCUUCCUUACUUUCAUUUACCUUCAUGCUUUUCUCUCUCUCGCUCCUUCUUCUCUUUCUAACGUCAUGUGACCUACAGCCUCAGGUUAGCUCAGUUAGCCAGCUAGCAAUAGCGGAAAAAACAACC